AUGAAUCAAACAGAUCAAAGCCAAUAAAGUUAAGACAAUCAAUCAACAGUGUUUUAGUAUGAUCCUAAACUAUUUCAACUUUUAUAAAAAGCCUUAUUGCUGGUAUCAAAACAAAAGUAAUAUUUCAUUUAUAAUUUAGACCUCAAAAUCCAAUUAAAUUUGUUGCAGAUUAUAUGAAAUAAAAUAGUGAUGAUGAUUUUUGA